AUGACCACAGCUCACAGACCCACCUUUGACCCGGCUCAAGGAAAGGAAGCUCUUCGAGGGCCCGCCUACCACCAGCGACUACUGCCUGCACACACACACUUGAAAGUCCGACAACCUGGACAAGGUGGUGAUGCCGACAAGGAGGUCCGUGACUUGCGCGCUGAGCUUUUGAAGGCCGAGGCUGCGCACUUUGCCAAGAAGAGCGGUGCUCCCAUCGAAGAGCCCGCCAUCGAAGAGUCCACUGCCCCCAAGCGUCAACUCGAAGCUGCCCCCACAGACGCCGAUGGUGAGGCGGAGGAAGAUCCGGAAGCCAAGCGACGACGAAUCCUAGAAGAAACACGAGACAUAGAUGCGGAUUCCGACGGAUCAGAAGAGGACAGCAGCGAGGAGGAGGAUAGUGACGAUGAAGACGAGGCAGCUGAGCUGAUGCGCGAGCUGGAGAAGAUCAAGAAGGAGCGGCAAGCACAAAAAGAGAAAGAGGAACUAGAACGGGCUGCCGAAGAGCAAGAGCAGCGGGAGGUGUAUAUCGCCCGGGGCAAUCCCCUUCUCAAUGCCCAAGACUUCAACAUGAAGCGGCGAUGGGACGAUGAUGUUGUGUUUAAGAACCAGGCCCGAGGCACAGAGAAGAAGGAGGGCAAGGAGUUUGUCAAUGACUUGCUGCGUUCCGACUUUCACAAGAGAUUCAUGUCGAAAUAUGUCCGUUAA